AGUGGUGGAGUCGUCUGCCCAGGCUAAUAACCCCAGCGGUUCAGUAAGCGCGCGACGUCCCAUUAAAAAGCAUCACUUUUUUUAAUCGGCGAGAGAUAUUCCCGCUUUCAUCUGCAUUUCACACCUGUUAAUUCUAACUUUCGUGUGUGUCCACCUCAUUCUACCUGUCUGCUAUAACACUUUGUGAUGAGUGCGUGACAACGCUUAUGGCAUUUCAGAACGGGAUUUGGUUGCGGUUAUGGAGUUUUAUUGUUGCUAUAAACACAGAAAAGAGUGAAGUUUCUGCAUCCAUUAUUCCGCAUAUAUGAGAGGGUUCCGCUUCCAUUAUUCAAAGAUGGUACCACCACCACCUGCAUACCUUCUUAGGUCUCAUGCACAAGACAGUGGCCGCAAAUCUAUGCAACAAGCUACUGACAAAACAAAAGAUACAGUGGAUAAGAUGAGAGACGAAAAUGUCCAAUCUAGAGAAUCGUUAUUUGGAACAGAGCUUGAGAAAGACUGUCAGACAAAAGAAACUGAACUAUCAGAGUCAAAUUCAGAAGCAAAAGUUGAAAUACCAAUGGAGCAGGAGAGUUCAGGUGAGAUGGAAGCUUGCAGCUCUACUCCAAGCGAGUUCAACUCACCAGCAGCAGUUGAAAAUCUUAUCAAAUUUCAGACUCCAGCUGGAAAGUCAAAUGAGAUAAUGGAUAAAGAAAAAAAUCCUGAAGAAGAGAUAAUAAGUUGUCCCAAGUGUGGCCAGAUAUUUGAAAGGCGCACUCAAUUGACGGAACAUCUCAAGACUUAUAGUACAGACCAAGCAACAUGUCCGAUUUGUAACAAAGUGCUGAAUUCAUCGAACUCGAGAGACAGGCACUUACUUACUCAUUCGAAAGAAAGGCCUUAUCCAUGUAGUCUUUGUCCACUGACUUUUACUACAAAUGGCAACAUGCAUAGACAUUAUAAGAAGCACUUUCUCAAAGGAGAAGAUGAGGAUUUUGAGGAGGAAACUCCUGAAUUUCUAUCCACUAUGAGCAAUGAGAAAGAAAUGUAUCGCCGAAAGAAUUAUUUUAAAUCUUUAGGAUUGCGCAGAAAAUCCUCCAUUUUGCAAUCAAAAGUAAAUAAAGGAAAGUUUGUAAAGCUUCCGGAAAAGAGAAAAAGGCCAAUUAUUUGCGAGGAAGGCAAAAUUGCUAAGAUCCCUCGAGUUACAACACAAACAAAUGGCAAUGUACGGAGGAAAAAAGCGAAAAAGAACAUUGAUAUUGGAAGUAGUAACACAAGCAGAAGCUCUGUUCAAUUCAACUCUGAUUGCUUGCCUAAUAGUGCCCCAACUGAUGUUCAAGAUUUGGCCGGUAUAACUGACAUCAUUUCAAAUGUCCAGCCGAAAAUAGCUGCAGAAAAUCAGACAGAAAUAGAUGUAUCUUCAGCAGAACAAAUUAUAAAACACAGUUUGCAACAAUCAUAUUCCUGUCAAAACUGUAAAUAUACAGCUAAAGAUAAAAAUAGCCUAAAGAGGCACAGUCAAAUACAUAAAAGAAAUGGAAAAUUCCAAUGUGGAUUCUGUAGCUUGACUUUCACUAAUAAAGCUAACGGACAGAGACACGUAAGAGAUAAACAUGGUCUUCAGGACCGUGAAUCCAUUUCUGAACGACUUGUAUUUUUAAAAGAAAAUACUAAUUCUUCAGAUGACGAAACAUUCACUUGCAAAUACUGUCCUAGUGUUUUUGAUAACGAACAGGCUUUGCAGCACCAUUUACGCUCCAACGAAUGUAAAAUGAAACCAUACUUCUGUGCAAUUUGUGACAUUGGUUCGUCAACGAAAAAUAAUUGUUUUCGACACAUAGAAAAUAAACACCCAGAAAUAUUCACCAAUGAAAUGACAUCAGAAGAAAAAAACAGAGUAAAAGAACUAAAUAUGAGACAAACAAUUUAUAUUUCGCCUCACCAAGAUGAGGACAACAAAUCUAAAGAAAUCGAGGCUGCAGAGGGUCUUUGCCGUCUUUCAGAGAAUCGUCAGGACGGCACCUUUAUGGAGGCUGUUUGUAUAGCAGAAGAGUUGUAUGAUCUUUCUUGUAGCAGAAUGGCGGAUGUACAAGUUCCGUCAAUGGCUACAGAAAGACAUCCUCCAAUGGCUGCAGGAAAAAAUUUGACGAUGGCAGAUGGAUCAAGUUCUUCGACGACAGCUGAAUGUAGUUCAAUUGAAGAAGACCCUUUGCUAACAUUUGAAACAUUUUCGUCGUUGGUGACUGAGAGAGAUUUGGCGAUGUUAUCAAGAAAACCUUCAACGGUAAAAAAAAUCAAUGAGUUUCUCGAAGAUAAACCUUUAGAUCUUAGUUUAAAUCCCUUAGACCUUUCACUUAAAAGUUUCAAGGCAUCCGAUUCUCCAGAUUUGCUUGAGAGUAAUUUGGAUUCAUCACAUGCCAAUGAAAGCCAAAUGGUUGUUUCUGAAACGCAUGGUCUUUCCCAGUCAGCUCGAAAUUUCAGUAAAAGCAACAAUAAUUUUCAAAAACAAAAGAAUGCUCUACCUAAACAGAACAGUAAGCAUUUUAGAUGCAGAUAUUGCGAAAAAACUUUCUCAACAAAUUCAAACUUACAGCGUCAUUUAGCAAAUCUGCAUAAGCAAUCAUCUAUAAUUCAUUUAGAACCCUCUCAUAAUCCAAUCAGAAGAGAUCUUUUAAGGGAAUUCUCAAUUAAUUCAUCUGUUAAGCAUUAUGGUGACAGUCAUAUUAAAAAUUCAAGAAGUAGUCUCUUGACUAAUAGCAAGUCCUAUGCAUCAUAUGAUCGGGGUAAUGGUAGUGACACUGAAAAUGAUUUAGCAAGCAUUCCUUCAAUUCAGUCAACGGUGAAUCAAGUAAUUCAAAUUACCCAUCCAUGCACAUCAACAGUAUAUUCAUUUAUUUCCCAUAUUAAUAGGAAAUUGUCUUCUUCUGAUUUGCAGAGCAUUGAUUCUUCGUUUCCCUCAUGGAAUCAAAGGAAAAAGCAACCACGGGUCGUGCCUCGAUCACCAACAGAAACGGCGUGCAGUCCUAUCAGUGUAUCCCAAAGAGUCGCCACUGCUUCAAUGGAUCGCCUCAUUGAUGAUGGAUCCGUUAGUGGAAGUCCUGCACCAAAUCCUGGAAAUAAUUUAUCAGCUGGUGAUAUGUCUAAAUCAUUUCAAGACCACAAUUUCAACGCAAGACUAGUCGAAACAGCAGAAUCUUCCAAAGACACAGAUCUGAUAUGUCGUUAUUGUUCUUCGCAGUUUUCAAGCAAUGAGCAUGUGAAAAGCCACAUAAAAGAGUUGCAUUACCUUGAACACAACAACACUUUGGAAGUGCCUGAUGAAAAAGUUCGCUGGAAGAAGGAACGAGUUUCGAAACUGAGACAAUAAUACUCAUUAAAUUUGAACACAUUUUCAUGUUUUUGGACAAUGAUAUUUAUAGCAUUGAGUGAUUCAGAAGUCCUGUGAAAUUUUGAAACUCAAUGAUUCAUAAAUGAAUGAAGGUAGAAAAGCGCCGUUUGCUCAAAAAGAAUGGAAAAGAAUCAGGAUUUUUUUUUGUCUUAAAAAGAGUUUAUUAAUAGCAGCAUUUAUAUUUCAAACUACCAUAUAGUUCUAUAGCUUUAGUAUCAAUUAAGAUUCUAUUUAUAAAAACAACUUACAAAUAUUCGGUAAUUCAGAUAUCAGAGAAGGAAAGACCAUUUCUGCUGUUACGAGGAACACAACAGAAAUAUUACUUCAUUCUAUGAGAAAAUUCUGUACUACGUGACGUAAUACUCUGGCAGCUAUGGACCUUCUGGUGGUUUGAAUAGUAAUAAAUAAAUUAUGGUUUUGUAGCAAAAAAUUCCAGUUUCAUUUCCAAACCUUUUUUUAUGCAAAAGGCAUCCUUUUAUCUUCAUUUAUCAGCGAAUUGAUAUUUAUUUACGAUUUUUCCAUACUUCUAAUUACCUUUGCAUUAGUUAUGUAGCCUUCCUCAAUUCGUCAUUUAUGAAAUCAAAAGUUUCUUUUUUUUUUUAACUUACUCCAGAACUACAAAUUGAUAUCAAAUUUUUGCUUGAAACACCUAGUUACGAUAUGUCAUUUAAAAUCUCAGAUAUUCAAUUGAACGACAAUGCUAGAAUUGGUUAUCAACAAGUAUUCUUAUCUAUGCAUAUAAUAAUUUGCACAUAUGGUAAAUGCACAUUUCCACAAUGUGCAAAUAUGUUAAUAUUUAUCUAUAAAAUAGUAACCCUCAAGGUGAAGGUUCAUUGAAAAUGACAUUCAGUAAUGUCUCAUCUGUUAAUUAAGGAUAUAAAAAAAAAUCUUUUUUUGUUGAAAAUUGGCUUUUAUUUUUCUGAGUAUGAUAUAUGCAUUAUUUAUUUGCAUAAAUAUUCAGGAUUAUAUCAAAGACUGUUGGAGAUGUAAAAUGGGUAAAUGAGUAAAACUUAUGACAACAUAGAUUGAGAUAGACAAACUAUGACUAUGAGACUGACAAACAUGGAAGUUUUAAGAAUAUUUAUACAAACAUCUUUUGUUUAAAAUGUUAUACUUUCUAAGGGUUUUUUUUUCCAUUUUCGAAGUUUUAUAUUCAAGAAGCACAUCCAUGUCUUAGCUAAAAGAAUAAAUAAAAUCAUUUUUGUGAAUUAUUAUGAGAAAUUUUUUCUACCUUCCACGUGUAGCACGUCCCAAAAAUUAUUUUCCGGAAAAGGAAAAGCAGCUCACCUAAAUUUAGAUUGUUUGCAUUUUUUUUAAUUAAUAAAUAAGAAAUUUAUUUUAGGCAAAGUGUAUAUAAUUUUUGUACAGAAAUUGCAGGUCUUACAUCAUCCAUACAAUCAGUUUGUAAGUUAACAUUUUCACAAUCAAUACACUACAGUUAGGAAAUCCGUCGCACUUGUGGCAUCUUGUCGUAACUGCAUCCAACUUCAAGUUACUGUUUGUAUUUUCUUUCAUAUAGCUCAUUUUUACAUUUUCGGAUUAAACUGGAAAUGGACAGAAAUUAUGUAUAUAAUAUACAUACUAUUUCAUUAAACGUUUAAUAUUACAUAUAUAUUUUAUCAAAUAUAUCUAGUCAUCUUUUGAUGUGAACGUCCUUUGUUGUAUUAAAAAACUAAAUUGAUAUAUGGUUGGUAAAUGUGACUAAUUCGGUGACUAUACAUAAUUACUCGUGAAUAUUGAGGACCACCACUAGCAAAAGGUGAUAAAGUAUUGAAUAUUUAUCCAAUUUACCGAUUAGUUUAUAAAAUCCCCAACUUGUAAUGGGAAAUGUAAUAAAUUCGGAUUAUUUUGGGGAGUAGCGAGGUAUUCAUUCCAAAGAAAAAUGAAUAUUUUAAAUAACACUAAAAAUUUCGUUAUUAAGAAUGAGAAGAACGUCAUGGUGGCUAUUAAAACUUACAAUGAUAUUUCAAUUUAAAAAAUUAAAAUGGCGCUUUUGUACUUCACUUUCAUUAGAUAUCUUAGAAUGCAUAUAUGAGGUAAUAAAUUAUAAUCAUAAUAAAGUAAUAAAUUAUAAUGAAACUUAAAUUAUAUAAUACAUGUCGUAAAAGGCAUUGAAAAAUACAAAAUGAGCAAUAAAAGGAUGAACUCUUAUUACAUUCCCUAUUACGGGCUGGAAAUUUUACAAACUAACCGGAAAAUUGGAUAAAUAUUCAAUAAUUUAUCGUAUUUACCAAGUUCAGUGGUAAGUACGAAUAAUGGGAGAUAAUUCUACUUUUUCACUAAUUUAUUACAUUUACCGUAUUAUAUGGCGAAGGGAAUGAACCUAUUUCUCUGCAUUUUGCUUUACUAAGACAAAUUCAGCUGUUAAAAAACGAUUAUAAUAAAUGAAUCAGAAAUUUAUUUGCAAUGAUAUGUUCUUGUGACUAUAAAUGUGACUGCGUAAUUAUGAUCUCAGUUCCAUGUAAUCAGGAAUGUUUUUGUGUAUUUUUUUUUGCUGGGAAUUCGACUGUAAAAAAGGCAUUUUGUUGUAUAUUUAAAACAUUUGUGAAAUUUCUUCAUUGUGAUCAUUCUGACUUUAUGUAAUUGCCUAUAUGUCCUCAUGUUUAUGUAACCAAAAAUUUUCAUUAUUAAAAUGUAAAAAGA